AUGUCCUCCCAUCGCAGGCCCGGUGGGCUCGCCGCUGCGCUGGAAGAAGAACGUCUCGAGCUUGCUGCUGAGCUUCGGAAUUCAACCGCAAACCGCACGACUACGACUUACGCACCUCAGAGACGGAGUAUACUCGACACCGCCACCGGUCCCUCUCCCGGUUUCGUCGCCCCACGGCAUGGUUCCAUUGCGGGAAUCGGUGUUGGUGUGACUCCGCCCGCUGGUCGCGGCUACCAAGAUUCUCCCCCUACUUCACCACCAGUGGUACCGACAAUGAAUAACGAUCCCAAUGAAACUCCCUCUUCUUCAGCCUCUUCAGCGUCUUCGACACCAUCAACUACACCAGUAACAACUCCCAAAACACCCUACACGAGUUUGAAAACCGCCCCUCCCCCGCUCAAGCGUCCGGAUCCACCGGCCUCGAAUGACAAGGAGAAGAACGGUGAUAAAAAGCCAGGUUCUCCCGAGACUAGGCGACUAAGUAUCCGUUGGGAUUCCGGUGUCGAUAUGCCACCCAGUGCUAAUGGGAGGCGUUUCGGCCCGCCGCAGGAGAAGGCACCUCGGGCGCUUCCGGGCAAGAAUGCGAUGGCCGCAGUGAUGUCAGGGUUCGAUCUCAAGGUCGGACUGCCGAGUUUUAGCAGAGGACGGGACUCCAGUCGGAAUGCCACGAAGAGGGGUACUUCCUUAGACUCGCACCUUCCCACACUGGGGCGGAGGGCGCAGUCCGGCUCACCAGCGCGCCGCUUGCCAAACUCCAAUCUUCGCACUGCGGCAUCCGAUGCCCCCAAGUCCCAGACCGACAAGACAAAGGAGAGUAAAGUUGAAAGUUCGGACGAAAAGCUUCUUCGCCCCCCUGCAAUUCGCCACGGAUCUUCGGAAACUGACGUCAAAGGCUCCGCGUCUGGAGAUGAGCGAUUGUACGACAGUGACAAUAACGCGUCUGAGUCUAGCGAGGAGGAAGACGAGCUGUCUUCGAGUGACGACGAAGCUGGCUCCGAAAACAACAGUGAAGACGUGAAACGUGGUCGAAUGAAGGAAGCUGAACCGGAUUCUUCCAGUUCAGGCGAAACCUCAGAAGACUCAAAGCCUGCUUCGGACGAGACUGACGGUGAAGAAACCAAACCUCAAGGCCCAGAGUUGAUUCAUUCCUCAAAGACCGGACCGAUGCCGAAAACUCCAGAGGUUCAACCGCAUACGAGUUUCGAUUCACCUUCAGUACUUAAUACGCCUUUUGGCUCCGAUGAUGAAGCGGAAUUAUCCGACAUCAAACGCGCUCAGAAGCUCAGCAUCCAAAUGUCUAGCGUUGAUAAUUCCGUUCGCAACCGAUCCAUCCGAACCAUCAUCCGCGGGGAUUAUACCAACAUGCAUGAGGAUGGCGACGGCGGUCGACGGCGGCAACGCAAGUAUCUAGUGACGACGGAUCUCAGUGAGGAGUCUGUCUACGCUCUAGAAUGGACGAUUGGGACGAUAUUACGAGAUGGAGACACCAUGUUUGCUGUUUUUGCCAUGCACGAGGAAACAGGGACCCAAAUUGGAGAGGGUGCCAAAGCAACACAAGACGUUGCUGCCGUGGUGGGCUCCCAAACAGCCGAGACGGCUCAGAAAACACAGAACGAAUCCUCCAAUCCCAAUCUCUCCCGCGCCAUCCUCAACCGCCUGGGUUCGGGAACUGAUAGCAGGCCUGGCUCUGUUGAUUCACGUGGAAUGUCCAAGGCAGAAGCUGAACGCUCGCAUGCAGUCCAUCUCAUUUCUCAAACAUGUGUUCGACUUCUGCGAAAAACCUUACUGCAGGUCCGAAUUGCUGUUGAAGUGAUCCAUUGCAAGAGUCCCAAGCAUAUGAUCACAGAGGCUAUUGAUGGGCUGGAACCCACACUCGUGAUUGUUGGGGCUAGGGGGCGAAGUGCGCUGAAAGGUGUACUCCUCGGGUCAUUCUCGAACUAUCUUGUUACGCAUUCAUCUGUUCCGGUUAUGGUGGCGCGAAAGAAACUCAAGAAAAAGGCCAAGAACAAGACAAAUGUGCGUCUCUCGAACAACCUGACGACACCAAAGAAGCUGGCAUCGGCAAGAGUAGAUUAG